GAUGGUCCAUCCUCUACAUUGGGGACCCACUCGACUGGAAGCCCUUUUGUCGAGGUCUCCUCUUCUGAGACCGAGCCAACAACCCUGAGUGUGACUUCAGCAUCCACAACCACGCCGCCGUCCUCCACGGCCGCCACCACUGCAAGGACCGCUAUCACCGAUCAACUUAUAUGCAGUGUGUCUACAGCACUGGAUGUUGGAUUCCACACAACGACCAAUGCGACAUAGUCUUUGUCCUCGUGCGUGCAACGACCAGUACCAUAUCGUAUGCUGGGACCAAUGUCCGGUGCGUUUGACAAACUCAUGCAUCACAUUCUGUCCUCCAGAAAAAAGAUCGGCCUUGACUUUGAAUAUAGGAGCCUGAUCCAGUCUGUUGAAAACUUGAAAAAGAAGAGUGUAUCUGACUCACUGACCAGGAUGGGAAUCUCAGUCACUGGGGUCUUAGCCGCAGAGGUUGGUCCUGCAUGGGAUAUGGUAAACGACGCAACAGUCAGCAUCCUUAAGACCACGCAGAGCCUGAUUCAAUCAACAUACGGGCCAGCUGUUGGCAUAAUCACAACGGAAGGAUCAGACAUUAAGGACAGAAGAGUUCUUGCGAAUCUGGUUCGUCUUUUAAGGGAGAUACAACCCAGUUACGUGAUCUACCGCAGUUCAUCAAUUCUAUCCGACAACAGGGCCUGUGUUAUCCGGAGUCCGUCUCCAUGGGCAGGGUCGGCUCCUUCCUUUGAGUCUGCCCUGGAGUUACUGCGUCUCACUCCACCUGACUUAACCGAAGACGGUUUUUGACCCUAUCUCCAGCUGUGGCGCAUUACACCUUGUGGAAAAGAAAUGACGCCAUCGGGUCAACAUGUAAAGGGCAUGCUUAUGAAACCCUACACCAACUGGUGUCAUUUCAAGAAGCAUGACAAAGUCUACGUCGACAAAGAUGCCUUCAGCCGAAGAUGGGCCAGCGCAUCCAUAUUUUCUGCGGAUAACCUUCGUACCCUUGCGAAAAAGAUCUGCCUGUUGAAGGCUAAAGGGUACACGGGAGGCCUGGCUGUAGUAUACGCCGAGAAAUCUGAAGAAUUCCGCUGCAAAACAAAGGGAAUGGACUUCGUUCAUGCCAUCCGGCAGAUGAAAUGUCACAAUGUCACAAAGUGAAAACGUGAAUAACAGAAAAGAAACGUGUUUGCUGUGC